AUGUCGUCGCAGGUGAAGGGGGUUGCCAAAGCCAAUAUCACUGCCCAGACCCCUGUGCCUCUUCGUCAGAAUAUUGACACAUGGAGCGGAGACCCGGCGAACGAUAAGGAAGUGAAGCUGUUUGUGGCUGCUCUUGAUCGGUUCCAGAAGAUCGACCCCAGCGACCGAGAUUCCUACUUCCAGAUCGCUGGUAUUCAUGGACAGCCGAACGUACCAUGGGACGAAACGAUUGAGGAAGCAGAGGCAAAAGGGAAGGGGUACUGUACACAUAACAACAUUUUGUUCCCGAUUUGGCAUCGAGCGUACCUUGCUCUGUACGAGCAACGAAUCUCAGAGUUGGCAAAGGAGAUCGUGUCCGGCUUCGAUGAGGAAGUCCGCCCUGAAUGGGAGGAAGCGGCAGAAAAUUGGCGUCUUCCCUUCUGGGAUUGGGGAACUCAGGCUACUGUUCCAAAUCUGAGCAAGUCCCCUAUUGCCAUCGUUCCAACUGCCGAUGGCAAGGGGGAACAGCCUAUCCCAAACCCCCUGUAUCAAUUCCGCAACCCUCAGGGUCAGCCAUGGGGUGCGCUGAAGGUUGAGAACUUCAAGGACCCCUGGGUCCCCGAGGGUGGAAAGCUCCUCUUUUUCUCCGAAUGUGUGGCCACUAGCCGUUGGCCUGAUGAACCUGAUGUCCAGUCAGGGUCUGAGGGCUGGAAGCACGGUACCGUCAACAACUUGAAGGUCAAGGAGUCUUUGGAGAGAAGCGAGUGGAUGACGGAAGCCCCGGCUGGAGCGAAGCCGGCUGAACUCGUUUAUCGUUUGCUUACUGUCCCCAUGGAAUACUCCACGUUCGCUACAACUGCUCAGGCCUCACCGGACCAAAAGGUUGAGAACGAUAUCAACCUCGAGUACAUUCACAACAACAUUCACGGAUGGGUAGGAGGUGACUUCAACGGCCAUAUGUCUCAGAUUCCAGUCGCCACAUUUGAUCCUCUCUUCUGGCUUCACCAUUGUAACAUCGAUCGCAUCUGGGCACUAUGGCAAACCCUGAACCCUGACAAGUGGUUCACAGAGGGUACCGUCAAUGAGUUCUUCCAAAAGACUAUUGGCCUGGAACAAGGCGCCAAGUUUGGUCCCGAUGUUGGACUCCGGCCCUUCCACGUAGACACCAAAGGUACUCUCAUCAAGCCAACCGAUGGUGGUGCUUUCGACUCUGCAAGCUAUGUCGCCGAUGUCCGCGAGCGCAUCAACAAUCUGUACGGUGUCUCCCGCCAGGCAUUGCAGAAGGCCACAAACCUGAAAGGUGUUGAGUACGGCCCCGACGCUCUCAAAGCUCUGGAAUAUUCUUUCAGUAUCCGUUUUGCCAAGUAUGCAUUUGGUGGAGAGCCUUUCUGGAUUCGUGUCUACAUUGCUCGCGAGGGCAGCAAGCAGAAUGCUACGACCGAUCUCAUCGCCGAAGUCUACAAUUUUAGUCAGACACCAGACGAUGCCGCUGGAAGGGCCGCCUGUCGCAACUGCAAGAAUAACCAGAAGCAGAAUCUCAAAGUCACUGCGAACCUGUCGAUUACCCCGGUGCUUAUCAACAUUAUCAAAUCGGGUGCCAAAGACCUGCCCAGCCUGAGCAGAAACGAUGUCUUGAAGUACCUUCAGAAGAAGGUCUACUGGCGUGUGUUCCAGUUUGGACAGGAGGUUCCUCGCCAUAAAUUGGACCCGCUGGAGCUGGAGGUCAUCGGCGCUAGCAACGACUGCACCCACUUCAACGACCCCAAGAAGCCGCCGCUUGUUGAGAACUUCAAGAAGGAGCCCACUCUGACUGGAGGAUCGGACGGCGCUCUCGACCCUGCCCUGAAGCAGCCCGCAAUCCCGCCACCCCCUCCGCCAAAGACCGAGUCGCACAAGGCUAACCUGAAUGUGGGCAAGGUCUUGCAGUUCAAGAAACCUCUCACCCCCGAUUCUGUCGUCAUUAUCGACUCGACCUCCUUGAACCUGACCCCGUUCAAAGGCAACGGCAUCGACAACAGCCAGUUCUACUUCACAUCUGGCGCUGAUGGCAAGGGCGACAUUGUGUUCUUGCUAUCCGUUCGCCGGGCCGAGAACGCAAUCGUGUUCAACACUCUCAUUGGAAACUCAUGGGGUAAGGAGGAACGUGUUACUCUCGACAAGCGUUUCCGGACCGACAAGCCUUCUAUCCUGGUUCAUGACCAAGGUGAUGGUUAUGAAAUCUUCAUUGACUACCGCCACGUGUACUGGUUUGAGAAGCGUUCAAAGGACGCGCCCGCCAAGGCUAUCGCGUACACGGUCAACAAGGGUCAGUCUCCUGUCUGGUCCACUGGUUUGACUGUCAAGGUCUUCGGGUCUAUGAGGGAGGUCUUCCACCAUUAA